AUUCUAGUUCAGCUUCCCCAGUACUAGAGCAUCCUCAAAAUCCUGCAAAAGAAAGUCUCACGACACUAACUAAUAAGUUUGGAGGAUAGAUCUCACCUACACGUAUUAUUCCACCUUUCCUUUAUGAGAAGUCCCGAAAGCCUAUUCCUAUAUUACGUAUUCCAUCUUUCUUUUACGAUACGUGUGUCAUCUUGAAAAUCGAACGGCAAAAAAAAUGCCACAACCCUGGGACGCAGGGGCAUCGCCGAGUCGAGCUGCUCCUCGGACGUUGCGUAGACAAGCUGAUGUGUAUUACAAGAAGAACGUCUUCUCAAAUGUCCUUGUUGGCACCGUAGAACGAUACUGAGCCCUCUGCUCUGUCCGAGACAAUUCUAAGCAUUGCUUAGCUUCCCCCUCUGCUCCUCGUUUCGAGUUUCCGCGGCUUCUAGCUCUGAAUCUAUAAUCACAAGUUGAAGAAUCAAAAAAGCCUGCUGCUCAAGCUCGACAAAGAACGAUCAUGAUGAAGAUACUCUCCUCCACGAAUAAGGCUUGCUGAAUGUUGUUGCAUGAGGUAGAAGUAGAAACAAAUUCUUCUGAAGGCCACCUAGCAGAUGAGGCAUGCCAAAGCUGGCGCGAGAGAAUGAGGACGUGGAGGAUGCGUUGCGUCUCGUCUGGACAAAACGCGUUGGCGACAGCACUGGGCAGGCUAAUCAACAGCAGUUUUUAUGUCCACAUGGUGAUGGUGUCCGACUGAGUAGACUGAUUUGUGAGCAACAACAGGAACAACAAUUCUUAUAAUCUUAAAUGAUAUGUCAAGGGCGAUGCCGCAUAUAGUCCUAACGAAAAAAAAAGAGUACGCCCGAAAGAGGAUAGCCGACGUCGCCGACUGAAUGAACAAUGAGUGUCUGAGGAGGUGAACCAAAUCAUCACAGUCACGAACCUCGAUUCUGACAACAUCAGAGGUACUUCUAAGGACAUUUAGUCCUAAGGUAUGUCCCCAGGAAAACGGAAAUCCUACUAUCGCAGUACUAGUACAACACUUUUCUUCUGUUGUUGAGAGGUACAUCUACGUCUCUAAUCUCUUCCACCAUCUUAUCCGAUGCCUUGAAGAAGUUGUCGAUCGCCCCACCGAACGCAGAAUGGUACACAGCAGCUUUCCAGAAUUUCGAUCUGGACAAAGACGGCUGGAUCUCCAAGAGCGACGUCGCAGACAUUAAGGCUCCAGUGAGUAGAGCGUCCACUUCUCCACGUGAGUAGAGCGUGGUAGUGUGUACUAUAAUAAGUGAAAGUACUGCGCCGGUAGUGCCUGGUGGAUUCUCGCACUGUCUACUGAGGCAAGUACUGAGCCGGGUACCUUAACGGGAUGGGUUGAGGGUAGCUCUAAAGACAUAUGCGUGCAGUACGUCAACGCGUACCUGAAACUAAACACAAAGACCAGCAGCAGUGUGGGAAGCAGCAGUAUGGAUGCUGGUUUUUAGUUAUCGUGGUUGUAAUCUACAACUACGAGUAAAAAUCUAAUAAUUAUUGUGUGAACCAGCAGCAGUAUCAUGAUUCAGGUGGAUCACUAGUUACUAUCGAAGCUCCCUCCUGUACCGUGAACCUCCAACUACAGCAAGUUACUAUAUUAUAGAAGACAAAAGUUACACCACAUUUCCUCCUAUAGCUAUGGGGUUACUGGUGUUCUUUAACACCACAUUUCCUCCUAUAGCUAUGGGGUUACUGGUGUUCUUUACCUUGUGUUCCUUACCUUGUCCUAUUACAGAGAACAAAAGCACAACAACUUCUAACGGCAAACCCAAGAGCAAGCACAACGUAGACGGUGGGGGGACAGACGGGAAGAGCUUCUCAAAAUGGCUCAG